UGGGGCCGUGGGGCCCGUGGGGCAGAGCGGGGCGCGGAGCGGCGCGACGUGUGCUGGCAGCGGCGCGGCGAGGACGGGAUGUGUGGGGCGCCCCUCGGCGCGCUGCCCCUCUCCUUCGAGGACUGCUGCUGCCGCCUGGGCGCCGGCUGGGGCUACCACUGCCGGCCCUGCCCCCCCCGCGGCCCAGGGCAGCCGUGCGGCGCGGCGCAGAGCGAGAGCAAUUCCUUCUGGGACGUGAGCCCCAUGGGGCUGGGGGCGCCCCGCCGAGGCGAGGACAGCUCCGAGGAGGACUCCGCCGAGUGCCCCUGCGUCGGCGGCCGCUGCCUCCGGCCCCUGCCCGGGCCGCGGCUGCGACUGCCCCCCCGGCUUCCAGCCCGACCCCAGCCGCACCCGCUGCCUGGACAUCGACGAGUGCCGGGAGCUGAACCAGCGUGGGCUGCUGUGCAAGAACGAGCGCUGCGUGAACACGAGCGGCUCGUACCGCUGCGCCUGCAAGCCGGGCGCCGUGCGCUCCCGGCCCCACGGCGGCCGCUGCGUCCCCCAGCGCCGCCGGUAGCCCCCCGCCGCCGCCGCCCCGCCCGCCCCCGGCCCAGUAAAGGAACGCCGGGAACCGGCCCGCCCGCGCCCCGCUCCUUCUUUUUCCCGGCCUUCGGGGCCCUUUGGGGGCAGUUCUGA